AUGGCGACCAACACCUCCCCCGGCCCCGAUCCGGAGCCGCAUCGUGCUACCACAGAAGGACUCCGGCAGCGCCGGCCCUCCCGCACUGCCGCAGACACUGUGAUUUCCACAGCCAGAGAGCUUGAGAGCAGAGUCGAGCACGCCCUUCUUGUUCUCUGGGACGAUCUGCCCGCCUGGCGUCGCGACAACCACUACAUCAUAUCCGGGUACCGCGCCUCGUCCAACUCGUACCUGGGAUCCCUCAAGUCGCUGUUCUGGCUCCACAACGAGUCCGUCAACAUCUGGACACACCUUCUGGGCGCCCUGGUCUUCCCGGCCGUCGGUGUCUUCAUGCACAGCAUUGUUGCGCCGCGGUACCCGGGCGCUAGCAGUGGUGAUGUUCUGGUGUUUGCGUGUUUCUUUGGUGGCGCGGCCGUAUGCUUGGGCAUGAGUGCGACGUAUCAUAUGCUCUGCAACCACAGUGCCGAGGUGGCAAAGUGGGGAAAUAAGCUGGACUAUUCCGGUAUCGUGGCUCUGAUUGUUGGGAGUUAUGUGCCAGCCCUGUAUUAUGGACUGUUUUGUCUGCCGAAGCUGAUGACGGCGUACCUGUACAUGAUCUUCUCGUUGGGCAUUGGAUGUGGUCUCGUUAGCUGGGUUGAGUUUUUCAGAACACCGGCAUGGAGACCAUACAGGGCAAUGAUGUUCGUCGGCUUGGGCGUCUCAGGUGUGCUGCCAGUCUGCCAGGGCAUCACAAUCUAUGGAUACAAAGAUCUUGAAGAGCGUAUGGGGCUGAAUUGGGUACUCCUUCAAGGGUUCCUGUACAUAUUUGGGGCGUUCUUGUAUGCCAUGCGCUGGCCAGAAAGGAGUGCUCCCGGCACAUUUGACAUAUGGGGAAGCUCGCAUCAGCUUUUCCACAUACUGAUUCUGUUUGCAGCGGCGGCUCAUCUGAAGGGUAUGUCGAAGGCCUUCGAUUUUCACCAUAGUGUGAUGGGUGCGCAGUGUUAA